AUUUAUUUUUCUUUCGCUGGUGGAAACCGGCUUCCAUAGUGAGGGCAUGUGGGCAGAGGUGCAGUAUUUCCGGGAGUUUCCAGCCACAGAGAGCGACACAGCAGCAUCACCUCUCUGUCAGACUCCGUCCCCUCCGCCAUGUCGGCGGGCUCUUUAAGAGGAGAGACUCCGCAUCUGCUGAUCUGUCAGCAGGCGCGGUGCCGCCCUCCCCGCACAUCCUGCUGCUGCUGCUGCUGCACCUCAGGGACCGACUCACACCCGGCAUACUGACUCACUCAACACCGAUGCACCUGAAGCUCCCGGUAAAACAUACGCUGGAAUCAAAUCGUUAUGGAUAACCGAUAAUCGGAACUAACAUGCGCCGGGCUCCCCGUCCUCGCCAUCCCGGGAUAUGCAGGUGUAAGAGGUAACCGGACCGAGCUGCUGGAGAGGGACACGGCCACGCUUUAUCUGCGGAUCACAUCAUGCAUGUUUUAUGUACAGCCAUGACAUUUUCCGCGUUGGAAUGGACGACUUCUUCUGGUGCACGCCUUUAAUUCAUUCAUUCUUCUCUUUUGGCCUCUGUGGUGGUUCGGCCGGUUCAGCGACAGGAGCAGCUGCACUGUGAUCAAGCAGCCACAAUGCAAUAACCUACUGUCUGGAUAUGAAUGACAGAUCACCCGUUGACCUCACCCAACCAGACAUGCUUCAGAAACUGGACAAAUACAUGAAGCCGCUCAUUCGCCCCUUUGUGUACAAGUGGGCGAAAACACAGGAGUACACCAUAAAGCAGCAGCUGGACUGUGGGGUCAGAUACUGUGACCUGAGAAUUGCACAAAGGCCCAACGACAGCUCCACUGAUCUUUACUUCUACCACGGUGUUUACACCACCCUCACUGUGGAGACUGUUCUCAUGGAGAUAAGAGAGUGGCUGGACGCUCAUCCCAAAGAGGUGGUCAUCCUCUCCUUCAGCCACUUCCUGGGUCUGAGCCAGGAGCUCCACAUGCUGCUCCUAACGACCAUACGCAAAGCAUUCACCUCCAAACUCUGUCCUAAAACGGAAGUGUUAACUCUCCGAAACCUGUGGGCUUUAGGCUACCAAGUGAUUGUUUCCUAUGAGCACAAUAUUGCCAGUUGUCACGGCGACCUGUGGCCACACAUACCUUACUGGUGGGCCAAUAAAUGCAAAGCUGAGGCUCUUAUCGAGGAGUUUGAACACAGGAAGCAACAUGGCAGACCAGGAGGUUUCUUCGUCACAGGAAUUAAUCUGACAGAGGACCUGAAAUACAUCUGCACACACCCGACAGAGUCCCUGAAGGACCUGGUGGUGUCCACGUACCCGACUCUGCUCAGCUGGGUCAAAGAGCAGACCCCCGGCUCCAGAGUUGGCUCUCUCAAUAUCAUUGCUGGGGACUUUAUCACCGAGAGCCACUUUGUACCAACUGUUGUUACACUGAAUGAGAAACUACUGAAAUGGUCCUCAUGAAUUUUUACCAUUACAUUACAUUACGUUAUUCUACGAAAAAAAAGAAGUGAAUCAAAGCAUGAAAUACACACAAGCUUGUUUUGUUAAGAGCGGCAGAAAAAAAUACUUGAGUACUUGAACUAUUCAUUUACAUGUAAAUGCACUUACUGGAGGCAGUGAAAUGUAUAUUUCAGUCCUAAAGCUGCUUGGAAACAGACUUCUGUUACUUUGAACUGCAUUUGUUUGUUUACAUUCAGUUCACUAUUUAUGCAAUGCACUGUAUCAGUUUUCACAAGUCAGCAAGGCGGCUCGUUUUAUGUUACGGCGACCAAAGCAAUAAUGAUACUACUAAUCUCACCUUAAUGUAGGCAUUUUAAAUGAGUAAGCACAAAUAAUGUAUUCAAAGAGCACAUAUGACUGUAAUGUAGACUUUUUUAAAUAUGACAUGUGGGCAGCAAGUUUAAGAAGUAGCUAAACUGUAUCACCUACAAUACACGUAUUUAUCCGUAGAGAAUGUAGAGAACACAUGAAACUUAUGCAAAAUGCAUGGAAACGUUAUUUGCAUGAAAACAACCUUGACUGUUCUACUUAGAAUUGACUUGAGCCAGCAGGGUAGGCCUUGGUUUAAAAUAAUGCUGCACCACUGUGCCUGUGGAGAUGAGCUUUUCAAAUAAACAUGAGCAUUUUUAAGCUAAUUAUGUCAUUUU